AUGGGGAAGGGAGGGCUCAAAUGCAACGCUCAGAAGCCACUAGUACCCACUGAAUCGUAUCAGAAAAGACCCAUUUCCGAUUUGAACCCCAAUGCGCCCUCGUGGAACCAGUCCGUUGAAAUGCAAAAUAUCAGGGCUGAUGUCAGCAGCGCAGCAAAUCACGGUCACGAUAAGUCCUUUGAGAAGUUAGCAGCUACAUUGAGGCAAGGUUUCACUCUACCUAGGCCUGAGAUUCAGAGAUUUGACGAAAACCCGCUAAAUUAUUGGUCGUUUAUUCGCUCUUUCGAAAAUAACAUCGACAGAAACACUUCUGAUGAGAGCGAGAAGUUAACAUAUCUCCUCCAGUAUUUUUCCGGUGACGCAAAGCGUGUCAUUAGUAGUUGCGUGACAAUGGAUCCGACAGUCGGCUACCGUACCGCCCGGAAUUUACUGAGGCAACGUUUUGGCCAUCCAUACACUAUCGCAUCUGCACACGUUAAGGAGAUUACGGAUGGCCCACCGAUUAAAGCGUCAGAUGUACAGAGCUUGAUGGGGUUCGCGGACAGACUUAAAAACUGUGAGAACGUUUUAUUGCACUGUUAG